CCCCCUUUCUCUUUGCUCAGUGAGUCGCACCAAAUUCUAUUGUGAUGCAAAACUUUCGGAAGAGAGAGACAGGGACGCAGCGAGAGAGGGAGAAAGAGCGGCUUGAAUUUCUGUUUGGACGAAUCCCGGAGCUGACGUCCGUUUAUCUUGAAGUGCGAUCCCUUCCUCCAUCCGGCGAUCUUUCAAAGGUUUUGCCAAACUGUUGCAAAGUCUUGCCGGUGAGUGAGCGUGGUGGUGUCGUUUUUUGCCGGAUCUUUGGCCACUCUACGCGCUUCAGGAAUGCACUGUGCACUUUGCAACUCGGUGCUCGGGGAACCUCCUGCUUUGCUUUUCCUCCACCGGGAGUUGUAAAUGAUCGACGGUCAUGCGCUCGUGAAGGACAGAGGCUUUUCGUCAGCCCGGUGCCCCCUCGCGGUCCGCCCGCUCGCAGCCGGCCUGAGGACCGGUGAGCCGGAUAGGAGCGCUUCCUUGACGGGCAUGGACGGUGGCCGGGCGGGGCUCCGGCAACAGGCGGCGGGCGGAGGAAGAAGAGGCGGCUGGUCGCUCGUGGAGGCCCAGCUGCAGGGUGGAGCGCCGUGGGGCUUUACGCUUCAGGGUGGCCUGGAGCACGGCGAGCCGCUCAUCAUCUCCAAGGUAGAAGAGGGCGGUAAGGCGGACGCUUUGGAGCGCCCACUGCAGGCGGGGGAUGAGAUUCGCAUCAUAAAUGGCAUCAACCUGACAGGUUAUCGUCAGGAAGCCAUCGCCCUCGUCAAAGGAUCGUACAAGACUCUCCAGAUCACCGUCCGCAGGGAAUUUGAUCCUGGAUACAUUGAGGAAUUUGGGUCUUCACCUCUCUCAUAUCCUUCUUCUUUUUCUGCCCCUUCACCUCCUCCUCUUUCUUCCACAUCACCGCCACCGGCACCACCGCAUCAACGAAAAACAAGCCGCCGCAGCCGACCAUGUUCCACGGGAGGGGUCCCGCUACGCAUCAAGAACAGACGCAGUGAAACGGCGUCCCGUCCUCACUCGUGGCACUCAACAAAGCUGGGUGAAGGUCAGCGGGAGUCAGAGCAGGAAGGGAUGGACACCAUGAGUAGCGCCUGGCAUCACAAUUACCACGCGAGCGCCUCCACCACGGACCUCUCGGGCGGCGGCUUUGAAUCGGACGGCGGCUACCUGAGGAAGAGUCCCGACCAGUACAGCUCAAGAGGCAGCAUGGAGAGUUUGGAUCCUCCUGCGCCUGCGCACCUCCAGCACCACCACCACCACCACCACCACCACCACACGCUGGGCCAUCACAGCCACGGUGGCCCCCACCCUGCGUACUCCUCCUGCCAACAGCUAUCGUCUGCCAGAUCCUCCAACAGCAUCGAUCACCUCCACAGCAAGCGGGACUCGGCAUACUCCUCCUUCUCCACCAGCUCCAGUAUUCCGGAGUACCUGGCCUCCGCUCCACCCUUCAGUCCCGAGCGCUCCUAUUCACUGGACACCGUCCCCCAGAGAGGAGGAAGCGGAGAGAUGCAACAUGCUGAUGUACGUUACAUACGGAUGCUUUACAAUACCCAGCAGGGAAACGAGCAGGAGCAGGAGCGGGAGCAGGAGCAGGAGCCGAGCUCUCCGUCGGCUUUAUCGCUCCAUAACGACGAUUCAAGAAGUGGGGACGGAGCAAAGGGAGGCCACAGCAGAGAUCCGCCAAGUGGCGUCUGUUACCGCGGCAACAGCAGCGGUGCCGCUAUUAGCGGCGUGCUGGCUGCAAACAGGCACAGCGUGGGUCCUAUAUGGGCACCCGGAAGCAGUCCCGGCUCUUAUGAGAACCUGAAGGGGGCGCCGCCCCCACCGCGGCGCAGCGACAGCUUUGCGGCCAUCAAGAGCCACGAGAGGCCCAACUCUUGGUCAAGCGUGGAGCAACCCCGGCCGGUGAAUCGGACUCUGCAGAAGGGCUCCUAUCACCACUCCAGUGGGCCACUCGCCUCAAGCACAGCUAAAGGCUCGUGCUUGACUGAUGGUCAGCUCCACACGGUCAUCGAAAAGAGUCCAGAGAGCAGCCCCACCACAAAGCCCCGACAGGGUUUUUCCCCGCCAGGUUCACCUUCCGGACCUUCCGCCAGCUUGACGAGCGGGGCCCCCCAAUCAGGACGCCCGAUUCUCCCCACGGGCGUUUAUCCCGUAGCCCAGCCAGAACCGCACUAUGCGCAGAUGCCCGCUUCGAGUCCCGCGUCAUCCGCCUCGGGAGUUUAUCCCGCUCUGGCCAAUGACGGCAAGCGGCAACAGCAUCAAGGUCCGCCGAAGGUCAGAGGACAGGAGGAGGAAGCCAGCGAGCGAUGGCGGGAUGGAAAAGCGCCGUCGAUUGAAAAAGCUCACCAAAUGGACAUUUCAUCACCGUACCUCCACUCCGCCGUUCCGCCCGUUGCCGCAACGCCAGGCAGAGCGCGCGACCCACCAAGGAAUCAACAGGAGGACGGUCAUUUUGGUCACAACAGAGCCUUUCCGACUGCAGGAAGAUCCGAGAGCCAAGCGGGGGGGGCCAACGCGUUUCCGCGCCAGCAGGGACCUCAGGCCGACAGCCCGCAUCACCCCCAUAUGCAUUCGAACCAAGGAGCCCACAACCGAAUCUUGCAGGAACAAGACUUCCUAAAUCCCCAAACUCGGUCACCUUUGACCCUGGGACCCCACACCUUCCAAGAGCGGAGGGAUCCUUACACAACUGUGCAGUCGGGGGGGAACGUGAGAAGACUGCCAGAGCAACCCGACGUCCAUCCAGAGCCAGUGUCGUACUCAAGAGUCGCGCAGGGACAAGCGCCCCCUUCCCACUUGGCGGUUCAGCCUCAACACUCCUCCCCCCGUCACCACAGUGACUCAGCAGCUCUUCAUUACCAUCACGCGGAGCAGAAAGAGCAGAACAGAGACAAAGAACACCCGCUGACUCGUCUGGAGAAUGCCCUGGUCGAGGUACAGCGUUCCACCAGCCCAAACGGUGCCGUCUCUGCCAGUAGUCAUGACAACGACACGUUGGGCGAGGGUAUCCAGGGACCCACCCGUAGUCUCUCUGUCCUAGAGAGGGUCAGUCGCUUUGAGCAUUGUGACAGAGAAGGAAAGCAACGGAGUCAAAGCAUCAGUCAUAGCCACCACAAAAGCUCUUUCCGCCGGAAUCAGUUGCUUGACAAGUGCCACGGCGCCCCCUGUGGAGCGGAGGACCUCAGAAGCAUGCUGGAAAGGAGCACCAAAGCCCACCGAACGAUGAGCUCCAGAGGAGGCGGCGGCCAUUGCAAGAAAGACAGGACCGCGUCCGAUCCCAGCUCAGCCCUGGAGAGGAGCCUAAGCAGCCUCCAUUUGGCCGGACCCAGAGAAGGCGACGAGAGUGCGACCUUAUGGAAGCAAGACGUCCACGGCGCGCCGGGCGCUUUGCAGGACGCGUCCUUCCACAGAUCCUACAAGGACUCGUUGAAAGAGGCGCAAUCGAAGGUCCUGCGCUCCACCUCCUUGAAACAGAAUCGCGCCCCCGUCCGUUCCUCACGUGCGCUUCCCUCCCCCAAUCCCGCCUCACGUGGCGGCCAUCAGCCUCCCCCCUCGGAGAAGAAAGGCCCGAAAACCAUGCCCAAACCCCCGGGCGUCGUUGCCCACGCCCCGGUGCCAUCCCCUCAUGCUCCGAAAGAGCGCCACGCGGUGGGACCGGACAUCCGAGGCCCGAGUCCCCCGGCCUUGCCCGACGUCGCGCCCGUCGGACCUCCCGCCGCGCUGCGAAUCGGCGGACGCAAACGUCUCACCCCGGGCCAGAAGAAACGCUCCUAUUCCGAGCCGGACAACAUGAACGAGAUCGGCAUCUCGGAUCCUGAGAGAGGUCUCUUCAGGCUUGGGGGAGAGACCAGCGUGGCUGACCGGCGCAAGAUGUUCGAACUGGGAUUCGCAAACAACGCCGUGUCCAGGCCCGACUUGCGUCAGCUUCAGCAAGAUGCCGUGGCUCAGUACGUGCUGAGGAAGAGAAACGCCAAGAAAGACGACGGGAGGGAGCGCGCCGGGCCCAGGCCUCUCAGCGCUUAUCUGCAGUCGGAAAACGCCUCCCAGUCAGACACCUUCAGCCUCUCCUCGACCUCCAGCCUGCUCUCCCUCCAAGACUCGGGCCUGGAUCGCAGCCUUUCUUCGAGUGACAGGCGUCACUUGUCCUCCCCAGGAGCCGACCUGCGAGGCCUGGCGUCCAAUUUGUACCAUCCGGCCAGAGCGUCCGCCCCGAGGGCUCCGUCGCAACCGUGUGGCGACUCGCCACCCGCACGCCGCACCUCCAUCGCCCACCUCCCGCAUCAUUUGGCCCGAGACGCAGGCUCCGAUAAAACCGGUCCGAUCGGGUCGAAAGAUUCGCGACAGGCGGCGGGGCCCCGCCAGACGCAGCCCCUCCACCCCGAGCGGGCCGGCGGGUCUUUGGCCAUGGUGGGGUCCGUGCUGGGCUCCGGUAAAUCCGCCUCCGUUGAAGACCUUUUGGAGCGGUCGGAGGAAAGGAUCCCAAGCCACUCUCGAUCCCGCUCGUCCCCAACUCUGGACGUACUCCGCCAGGACUACGCGGCGGAUCAAGUGAAGAUGCUCGAUGCCUUUGCAUGUGAGCCGCAGCACCGCUGCGCUCAGACUGAGGAAAGCGCCGGAGACAAGGAGCCACUAGAGGGCCUCGCCUCUCCUCACAACAAUCCUCACCGCGUCCGGCCUGCCGGCUCUUCUUCUGGAGCCUUCUCCCGCUCCCCCGUCCCACCGAGGGACAGACAGCGUCACAGGAACACCGAGCGUCAGCGAGCCCACAGCAUGUCGUCUCUCGCCGCCUCGGUCGGUCUGCCUUGCCCGCUCUCCCGCUCGGCCGAGGCGCCGAGUCGAGCCGAUCCGGACGCCGUCGCCUUCCCGGGCGCCGUCGGAGCCGUCGGCCUCGACGCCUUUGCGACGGACAAACCCGCGCGGCGCAGUUUGAGCGAUGGCGGCCUAUUAGAGGACGCUAGCGAUGGCGCUGACGGAGAGAGGACAUUUAGUUGGGAGGGAAGAGGAGGCCGUCGCCAAGCGAGCAUCAAGUCUCCGGCGACAUCGUCGUCGUCGCCGCCGCCUCAUUUCCAGUUUGCUUCCACGCCGGACGAGAAAGACGCCGGCAACGUCGAGGUGCAUCCCUCCUCUUCGUCUCGUCGGUGCGGCCUUGAGAACGUUCCCUCGGUGAAGAGGUCAGAGUGUGGCCUCGGCAGCUCGCUCGGCCAACAACAAACGGCGGCAACAUCCGCGGGACUAUCUAGUGAAGACUCGGAUGAGGUCUUUCUUCUCAAUCCUCCUCCUCCGUCGCUCCAAGCGACCGACGUGACGGAAGCCUUCCGUCCGCCUCCCGCUCCUCUCCUCGAGCUGGACAAGAAAAGCUCUUUGCAGACGCCACCCAGCUUUGCGGCAUGGCCCAAGCCGCGAACGUCCACCCUCACGUCCACCUCGUCCGGCAUGGACGGCCUCCAGUUGGACGAAACGCUGAACGUCGAGUACCAGCCGCUGCCCAAGAGGGAAAAGACGGCGGAGGAGCUACGAGUGGAAACGCUGGCACGGCAGCUGGUCAUGCAGGAUGGCUCUCUGGCAGCCAUCUUAGAAACGUCGGAGGGUCGAUCGCCCGUCGAGCUCGUGGAGGAGAUCUUUCACAACAGCAGACCGGGUGCUAAAGUCGCACGGGAAACCAGGGCGAGCCCGUUAAAUGACAGGAGUGAGAAUGGUGUCCAUGCAAAAGUGGAUCAAAGGAUGGAGGAGAAGGAGCUCAAUAGCAAGAAGGCGCAGCUGUGCGAGGCUCUGAGGUGCAGCGUGGCGGCGAUGCGGCGAGAGAAGGAGCUUCUGGGCGAGGAGCAGAAGCGCCACCAGGCACUCGGGGCCAGUCUUGACUCUCUGGUGCACAAACUAUGCAAGAUCAAUGAGAGGGACAAGUACAGCAUGUUCAUUGGAGAUCUCGAGAAAAUCGUCAACCUGCUCUUGUCACUGUGCGGUCGGCUGUCGAGGAUUGACAAAUCUCUGCUCGCUCUGCAACGACAAGAGCUGGCGAAGGAGGAGCCUUCUGACGAGCGGGACUCCCUCGUUCACAAGCGCUCUCAGCUCCUCAGCCAAACGGAGGACGCCCGGGAACUGAAGCAAAACCUGGACCGACGGCAGCGCGUGGUCCACGCCAUCUUGCGAGGCUACCUCAGCGAACGCCAGCUGCAAGACUACCGCCAUUUUGUCGCCGCCAAACCCUCCCUCCUGAUUCGCCAACGGAACCUCGAUGACCUCAUACGCCAGCGCCAGGAGCAGCUGAGCGGGCUGGCGGAGACCCUCCCUCCGGAUGGGCCCGGAGGAUCUUCUUGGCCCGGCGCCCCGAGCCCCGUCUCCCGCCCCUCCCCCUUCCCGCAGCCGCUUCCCUCCUCUGCGAUUCCCGGCCACGCCCACUCGGCCCGCUCCACCGCGGUGACGUCGCUGUGAUGUCGUGAAAACGGCGGCCGAAGUUAACAGCGCUGGUCUCGCUCAAUCGAUGCACACGCCGUCACGCGUCUUUUUUUUUUUUUUUUUUUUUUUUCGCGCCCUGACUGAAACUUUUACAAGAAAAAAUAAUAGCGCAUCGGCCUUAAGUCUGAAAUUUGCCCAACUGCCGCCAUUCGGACGCCAUUUUCUUUUAUUGCUUAAAAGCUUCCAACUGUUGUAGGAAUACCGGACGCAUUGUCUUGAGAAAAUGCAAAGGUGCAAACGUGGCUCUGGUGGAGCGUCCUCAAAUCGACAACCGUGUUUGCCGCUGGCCAAAAGACCAAAUAGGACAAAAAUGGCCACGAAAAUGGAAAUUCCACUUUAUUUUCAUGUUUGAUGUCAAAGAAGGAAGAGUCCAAAGAUUGGAUUGGGAUGCAACGUCGAACGUGUUUUGUCAUAUGUACAUUUUCGGCUGGCCCUAACUUAUUGAUAUUAAUAUAAAAUCACAAAAUAAGCCAGUCUUCACAUUUUUUAGCAGAAGUUAUCAUUUUAGAUUUAAUGAACCGAGCAAUGCCAAUGGAGGCCUAAAAUUGGAUUCAUUAUUCAAUUCACUCCUUUUGGUGCCAGUUGUGUUUUCCUGCUCUGAAAGAACGCCGCAAAGUGUCUCAGCAUAUAAUAGUUUUUUUUUAAGCAGCAGAUGGAAAUAUUGGCCAUAUUUUAUUACGCUACCACUCGAGACUAUGCACUUACUCAUCAACAUACUUUUUGGAGGUUCCUCCAAUCGGUGAACCUCAUGCCAUUGAAUGUCAAGAAUAAGUUAAACGCGUCAAACUUGUUUAUUGAGGCGGCAAUGCGGAUAUUUAAAACGUUUUUAACGACGCGAGUACACGUUUUAUUCGCGCUGAAAUGUCUAAGGACACUAUUUUAUCCUACAGCCACAAAUGUGACCUUUUUUCUAGUUCGGAUGAGCACAUUUUACAUAUCGUCAGUCUUUGCUAUUCUCCAAAUAUCACACACAAAAAUCGAUCACGCUCACUUUUUUGAUUUACUCCUCAUAGGCACAACAGAUGAUGUUUUGCUGGUUGACUUGCUGGACCUAUUAAAAAAAAAAAAAAAGGUUGGAGGGUUGGAAAAUGGCUCCUGAUGUUCUUUUGUUUUUUGCUAAAUAAAUAUAUUUUGUAAAUGGC